CAACGUUGAAAUAGAUGACUUCAAUGAGCCUUCAAAAGAGUGUUUGAAUUACACAAUGGUGGACAGGUUGGUGAACGAAAUGGAAAUUGCUGAAAUCCAGCUCGAAUCGCUCCCCAGCCUAAUCAAAUCCAUAAUAUAAGGCUGUGUUGGGUCCCGAAUAUUUAUUUUUCUAUCUUUUCCAAUCAUGACGCCAUUGCCUGCCAAGGCUGACAUGAGUGCCAAGGAAAAACUCGAACAGCUGAAGAAGCAGCGAGGUGAAAGCAUAGCUAGACCUGCUGCUCCUCAGAGAAGCUACCUGAGCCCUAAUGGUCCAGUGACUCCUAAUAUGACACCAGCGGUUUCGCCAAUGGACAGUAUAAUGACUGCCAACGCGCGCCGAAAAAUUAGCUUGAAGCCAGGACAUUCGCCAUUAGACUGGGAGACAAAGAAAAAGACUUCGAACAUGAAAGGAUCCAUUGAUCCUAGGGAUUUUCCAUUGCGAGUGACAAAAGAGGAGCUAAAAAAACAUAAUAAAGAGCAUGAUUUUUGGAUAUGUCUAAACCACAAGAUCUACAAUCUAUCACCCUAUCUUGAUUAUCACCCUGGAGGUGUUGAGGUUUUAAUGAAGUGUGCAGGAAAAGACGGGACAUUUCUGUUCAACAAAUACCACAGAUGGGUGAACUACGAAAGGAUCUUAGACGCUUGUUUCGUAGGUUUUCUGGUCUGAAACAGCAUUAAUCGCAUUAUUGUACAUUAAAUAUAACAUUACUC